AUGGAGUCCACCGAAAAUCAAUCAAAUUUGCUACACCAGAUUCUACCUCCGCGUCUAGAAGACGCGGCUCUCGAAGAUCCCGCGCUUCCGCCAGAAUUAAUCCACGAAGCGUUUCUCAAAGCCGCCGCCGCCGUGAAAUCAGGCGCCGUCUCAAUAUUCUCCGGCGAUGAUGGUUGUAUCGACGAUCCAAAGCCUACCGAAGAGGAUUUCUCCGAUGUUGUGGAUGUGAAUGAGCCGGAGAAUGAAGCGCCGGGGCCGUGUGUGGAUGGGUUGCAAGGGUUGGAAAUUAAGGAGAAAGAGGAUUUGAAGGAAAGUGAAGAAAAGGAGAAGAAAGAGAAGGAACCGAUUUUGGUUGGAAGCUAUGUUUGA